AUGGCGGAUGGUUUCAUCGUUCCAUCAACGGCUGCGCCGGAGACUGAUGCUCAGCAUCGGUUACGAGGGCCGAUCCACGCACAACGCCAUGUGCGUGUCGUGUGUAUCGGCGCAGGUGCUUCGGGUUUAUUAAUGGCAUACAAGCUGCAAAAGCAUUUCUCAAAUUACAGCCUUCGAGUAUAUGAGAAGAACGCCGAGGUUUCGGGAACGUGGUAUGAGAACAGAUAUCCGGGAUGCGCAUGCGACGUUCCCUCACACAACUACACAUGGUCAUUUGAGCCAAAAUUGGAUUGGUCCGCUGUAUACGCCGGUUCGAAAGAGAUUUUCGCGUACUUCAACGAUUUCGCACGCAAGUACGGUCUACGCAAAUAUAUCAAGACGCAGCACCAAGUGGUCGGUGCAACAUGGAACAAGCAGAAAGGAGGAUAUGACGUGCAGGUCAAAGACUUAGAAAGCAAUCAGAUUGUCAACGACCAUUGUGACAUCUUAGUAAACGCGUCGGGCAUCCUGAACAACUGGCAAUGGCCCGCCAUACCAGGUCUGGACAAAUACAAGGGCACGCUACUGCACACCGCAAACUGGGAUGACAACGUUGACCUAAAAGGUCGCCAUGUUGGCUUGAUUGGAAACGGCUCAUCCGGUAUCCAAGUUCUCCCUACCAUCCAACCGCACGUCAAAAAAGUCACAACCUUUAUCCGUGAACCAACAUGGGUCUCACCCGUCCAAGGUCUCGAACAACACGUCUUCUCCGACAAAGAGAAGCUCGAAUUCGCCACCAAACCCGGCGCACUAGUUGAAUACCGCAAGAACAUUGAGCGCGGCCUAAACGGCCAGUUCGGCAUCUUUCUAAAAAACACACACGUCAACUCUGAAACAGAAGCCUACUUCCGCCAGCAAAUGACCGAAAAGCUAAAUAACGAGUACCUACAAGAGCGCCUGAUCCCGAACUGGCACGUCGGAUGCCGGCGAUUGACACCUGGCGUCGGCUACCUCGAGGCCCUAAGGAAACCCAACGUACAGACAGUCUACGGCGAGAUCAACUCCAUCAGCGAACGUGGCUGCGUAUGCUCCGACGGCAACGAAUACCCCAUCGACGUACUCAUCUGUGCCACCGGCUUCAAUACCUCCUUCAAGCCCCGCUUCCCCGUUAUAAACUCCUCCGGUGCCAACCUCCAAGAUGCAUGGGCCAAAGAACCACGCUCCUACUUCGGUCUCGCAGCCGCCGAUUUCCCAAACUACCUCAUCUUCCUCGGUCCCAAUUGCCCUAUUGGCAACGGCCCUGUUCUCAGCGCUAUCGAAGCGCAAGCGGAUUACAUGUGCAAGCUCAUUGACCGCUUCCAAACACACAAUAUCUCUACUUUUGCACCCAAAGCUGAAGCCAUUGAUGACUUUGUCGCUUUCAAAGACGAAUACAUGAAGCGCACCGUCUGGCACGACGCCUGCCGCUCAUGGUAUAAAUCGCUCGGUCCAGACGGCCCCGUAACUGCGCUCUGGCCUGGCUCCACUCUACAUUACAUUGAGGCGCUCAUGGAACUUAGACUAGAGGAUUGGGAUGUUAAGUAUACUGGAAACAGGUUCUCGUGGAUGGGUAAUGGAUACAGUCAGACAGAGAUUGAUCCUACGGCCGAUUGGGCGUUUUAUGUUAGGGAUAGGGACGAUGAUGAGCCGAUUUCGCGGUUGGGGAAGUUGCAACUGAUUAACAAGAGUGGGACCCUUGAACCAACUGUGGGUGUGAAUUUUGCGGGUGGGAGGGCAGAGGGCUAUUCGGAGGCGAAGUUGUAG